GUUGAGCAUUAAAUUUUGGAAUAGAAAGACAAAAAUAGUAUUUUCUCGUAGGACACACUCUGAUGAUCUUUAUUUACAACUUUAAAAAUGAUUUUUUAUAGUGUAUGCACCAACACCGUCAUCAUUGUGUAUGUGACAUUAUUUAUGGUAACAUGUGAAACUUGUGCCACCUGAACCAUUCAGAAAUUUUGUGUCCCAGGUUGCUUAGUAGUACCUAUUUAUCCUUCAAAAUAAAUUUGUAUAUAUAUUUUUAAAAAGUGUUACAUUUACUUUCUUUCUUUUUUUACAACAAUAGUAGGUCAAACCUACAAUUAAGUUCCAAUCAGUCUCUCACACGGUACGUCAAGGAUUACUGAUAAUAGGCUUUGCUCUACUGAACCUGCAGUCAUGUCAUGCGCAGACACGGAGUGGAUGUAAUGUUUAUAGGAGACUAUGGAUGUCUCAAUUAUAUUUCGUUUCAUUGUUUUCUGUCUUUUAUUAAGUCAUAUCAGCUCAGAGUGUUUUCCAGGAUGCUCCUGUGGCACUGACCGUUAUGGGAGGUCACUCACGUGUAUGGAGGCGCCAUUAUCCGGCAUUCCUGAGGAUAUACCGGCAGAUUUGACCAAAAUCCGAAUAGAGAAAUCCCAGUUAAGUGAGCUACCAAAGGCAGCGUUUUCCCAUGUUAGGUUACUAAAGCAUCUCUGGCUGAACUUCAAUGACAUCGCCAUCAUAAAUAUCAAAAGCCUGGAAGGUUUGGGCAACUUGACGGAGCUCAGGUUGCAGGGUAAUAAACUGCGUUCAGUACCAUGGACAGCGUUUGAGGAAACACCCAACCUCAAGAUCCUGGACCUGAAGCACAACCGCAUCGACGCCCUCCCGGAACACGCGCUAAAGUUUCUACCAGGCCUGACCUAUUUGGAUCUGUCCUCUAAUCAACUCUCAGUAAUUUCUAAAGACGUCUUCCUCAACUGGCCUCUCUAUCACACAGAAAACAAGCAUGAACAACCUACAGUGUCCAACGUUGUUCUGGCGCUUCACGAAAACCCGUGGCUGUGCGACUGUCGCCUGGGAGGCUUCAUUGAGUUCAUCAAAUCGCUGAGUCCACCGUUCAUUCUAAUGAACUCAUAUUUGACAUGCUCUGGCCCCGAUUUCAAGGCAGGAAAAUUUUUUCAUGAGGUCGAUCUAAAGACGUGUGUGAAGCCAGUGGUCAGCGCCCCAGACACUAACAUUACCGUGCCGUUAGGCGGGAACAUCACGUUAACAUGCUUUGCCACGGCCAGACCUGAACCUGCUGUUCGGUGGAUAUAUGGUCUUAAGAUACUAAGAGGAUUUCGUGAGAUUCAGAGCCAUGUGGAUGAAGACACUAUCAGGUCUCAGCUGAUCAUUCCUUCGGUCCAUCUGGCCGAUCGAGGGCUCUACACCUGCACUGCCAACAAUUUCAUCGGUAAUUCCUCCAUCAGCAUUUUACUGGAAGUGAAGUCUCUGGAAGGCUUGGUGUCUCAUUCCUCAGGCUUCCCUGCUGCUAUUGCUGAGGAAAAUGUUUACAUUGAUAUCCGUAUUGCCAAGCAAACAGUCUAUGGCAUCACAAUUGAGUGGCAUGCUGUGACAGACAAUCCAACUGAAACCUGGUUCACCAUCCAUUUUGGCCACUAUGACACACUUAAGAAGGAGCAGAUAUACAUUGGGCCAGGUAUUAACACAUACUCUGUCACAGACCUGCUACCAGUCACUAAAUAUGAAAUCUGUGUUACUCUAAAAAAACAGGCACCUCGGAAUGGCCAGUGCAUUGUAUUUGUGACAGGCAGUGAUUUCAAUGAGAUGGAACAUAGAGAGAAGCUCAUUCAUAUUGUCGUCAUUGUACUUGCCAUGGUGCUGGCUGUGCCUGUGGGAAUGUAUGCCUGCACCACCGAUGCCAAGUUCAACUGCUUUGAGCGUUGCACAGAGAUUUGGAGAAACAGGAAACAUUCUGAACGCUCUCACACGUCUGACGAGAGGCAGGGCACGUUUGACAGUCUCCAAACUGCCAGUGAUGAGGGCCUCUGCAAAGAGUCCAGCAAAGAGCGGAAGGCCAGACGAAGGUCUGCUGAGAAGAUACAGAAAACAAAGAAUGAACGAAGACCAACAGUUGAGCUUUACUGACAACACACACUCAAAGAUAGCUAUAGACUCAUUAAUACCCAUGAAAGGAUUAAGACAAGCCUCCAUUUUAAUUACACUGUGACAUUUAUCCAGCUAUAGUGGAGAUCUGAGUAAAGUUAAUAUGCUUUUUAUAGAUGCCACAAUCUUCAGAAGAGAGUCUCAACUGCUAUUGAACUGAUGGAUCCGCUGCUACUGGACAGGAUUUUCCAAACAAACUGGUAAAAACCAAAGGAAACCUUUAAAUAAAAGCAAAGAACAUUACUAUACAAGGGACCAAAUGCACUUUGACAACUAGUGGCAAUUACUAGUGUUCAAAGCAUAGAAACUACUGUAUAUGUAUUUUUUUUCAGUAUAUUAUGUGUGGUUGAGGAUAUUUCUAAUCUUUACUAUGAAAUAUUUUAGGUUGAGUUUUAUAUAACAGCUUUAUUUUAAUGCACAAGAUACAAACACAGGGGUAUAAAAGCAGAUUAGGAUUUUUUUAUGCCUGUUUCAUAUCAUGUCAAUGCAACAGUGGACCCAAUACUUAUCUUUUAAAGUAGACACGUGCGUCAGCUGGCAAACACUUUGACAAACAAAGGAAAAUGCCACAUACAGACAAUGAAACCUGAACAAUGAAUGACAUGAGACUGAAAUACACUGACCUCUGAAGGAAUUGAAACUGAUCUUUAUUUGAACUCUAAAUUGCUGUUUUGGGGAAUGAAUGUUAUAAAUAUUGUUUUAUAAAAUGUGUUUACCUCUAAAUAUAUAUUUUGUUCCUUUUUUAAAAACGAGUUAGGUGCCAUUCGUCUGUCAGUAAAUGUAUAAAUUACAAUGGAAAUGUAUUUCUGAACUUGUUUCUGUAGUUGAUUUUGAAAAAUGUAUAUUAAUGUAUAUAAAAAAUAGAUGUAUGAUAGAUUGUGGACAGUACAAUCCAGGGCUUUAAAAUUCUGCUUUAAAUUUCAUUCUCGAGAUUUAUUUGUGAAGAUGCAUGAAAUAACAAAUAGUGCUUUUCCACCAUCAGACCGAAUGGUUAGCGCUGCUGAGUCAUGCCGUUUUGCACCAAUCCAGGCUUGUUGACUGUUACGCUUUGUUUUUCCAUUGUGGCGCUUCUAAACUAGGUGAUCAGUUGAGUCAUCAGACUCGCUAUGUCAGUAAAGCAGAGCACAGUUCUCUACAUAAUACGUUAUACUUAGAUACCCAUUCUCAGAAAUCUGUACAUGGAACAUUUUGUAAAUGUUCUAAUGUAUAAGCUUUUGGUACUGGAAAAGUGCUUAAUGAGAACAGAGGUGUUUGAGUGUCCUGAUUUUACAUCCAGAUCUUUGUGACCUUAGCCAGAGGGCUCCAAAAUCAACUAGUCAAAAUGUACACUUCUUGGUUUGAAUGUUUUGUUUUUCUUUUAUCCUUAUCCAUCAGUGCACUUUGCAAGUUUGUAAUCCUCUCUAAAAAACCCAGUAAUCCUACUUGCGUCCUACAGGGAAUAAUUCCAUGUCAUUUGUGCUUUUACCCCCAGUGCUACUUUUAUUAUCUGAAAACAGACUUUCCUCAUCACAGCAAUUUUGUCUCAUGUGCAGGGAUGCUUUAAAGAAGAAAGAAUCAUAAACAUUUCCAAAGUUAAAUAGCACACACACUUAAAAAUAUACAGUGCAUGUGUCUUUAAAUGUAUAAACCCAUGUUAAGAGAUUUAGGAAAGCCAGAGAAACACAACUUAUAAUUUGUCUUCUAAAUCUUAAUGUCAUCACCAAAUCUGAACUUGACAUUAAGCUCAAAAGAACAAGCACAUGCUAAAAUAACCAAAUCACAGCUGAACAUGGUAAGUUACUGAAAUUUGAGUUUUCGCAUUACUCAUAAAAAAAAAAAAAAAAAAAAAAAAAAACAUCUGGGAUUUAAAAUCUGUAUUUUAAAUGAUGAGAAAAAAAAGAUUUAGGUCACCAACUGCACCAUCAGCCCAUAUUACCAAAUGUGGCAUUAAAGUAAAAUAUAACACAUUUUCUCAAUCCUAUAUUACUCUUAAGAAAAUGCAACAAACACAAUUCAAAGCAGUUUCAUAUUACAGGACCACCUUAAAAAUGUGCUAUGCUUCUAACAUCUAAAAAUGAAACAUGACAUUUGAAUGAAAUAUCAAUUUAUUUACAAAAGGUUGAAU